UCCGCAUUGAAGCAAAAUGGAGGUUGCAUUUUGUUACCUUUUCUAUACAUUAGCCCCAAUCUAGUAGUGUAGUGGUGGUCUUUCUGUAUGAAAGAAAAAGUAAGUAAUGCAGCAGUUGGUGCAAUUUAACCCACCCAGAGAAAUACUUGGAAUACCAUGGGAUAGUUUCAAAGAAGAGAUUUUCAGAAUCGCCACCUUCAAAAAUUUCCCGAAAUCAUGUUCUACUUUCGUUUUCUUGUUGGCGGAAAAUGGAUUUGUUUACACCGGAACUGGGGAAAAUGAUGACGACAAAGUCACGUGUUAUUUCUGUCUUUUCUCUAAAAAUAGAUGGAACAUUUUGGAUUCUGUGGAGGAUAUCCACAAGUUGUUUUCACCUGCUUGCCCGAUGGUUACUGGAGAAAGAUCCAUCAAUGUUAGUUUUGUAACUACUGAAACUUUCGAGACCAUUGCCAGAAAAUUGUUUAGACAAUCUGAGUUUGGAUUAUCCGAUACUGAAAACAACUUGAUUCAAGCAACGGUGUCAGAAACAUCUCAAAGUUCUAACAGAGAUUCAGUUGCAAGUGUCAGUCCAUUAGACCCUCAGAGAUCAGGAAACCUGAUAGCGCCACCAGCAGGUUCUGCUCAAACCUCGUCUUUACACCAGGAAUCAAGCUUCUCCUCUACAACCAGCCCCGUCAUCGUCACCUCGGUCACCCUACAACACAUCCCACAACAACAGAUACCAGAACAACACAUACCCCAGCACAACACUGCUAACCCGACACAGAACCCCACUUCAGAUUUACCCAACCAGUCAACUGAAGUAUCUACAUCCUCCCCACUUCAGACCAGUGCCCACACCAUCCCCUCACCUAACCCCACCGACCCAAGACCUCCGACCCAGACCACCCCCUCAACUAACCCCACCGACCCAAGGGCUUCAAGCCGAGGCCCAACAUACGCCGAACUAGGGAUCAUCACAGAAAGACCAAAAAGAAUGGAGUACGCACAAAAGAUCAAGCGACUUGAGACAUACAGCGGAUGGCCUAGAGGUCACCAUCUACAACCACUUGAACUAGCUGAGGCGGGCUUUUAUUUCGCAGGGUACGGUGACUGUGCCCGUUGCUUCUUCUGUGGUGGAGGUCUGAGGAACUGGGAAGAUGAGGACAAUGUGCUGGUAGAACAUGCCAGAUGGUUCCCUAAGUGUGCAUUUAUACGUCAACAGAUGGGGCAAGUCUUUGUCGAUGCGGUUCAGACAUUGAAUGCAGAUCAUGACCUGAUUUCGCUGGAAAUGGUUUACCAGAAAAUCAGAUCCUCAGGCCAAAUGCUGUAUUUGGAAUCUCAAGAGAAUCCCUUACAGAGGGACCCUGCAGUGAAGACAGUGACAGAGCUUGGCUUCUCCCUUCAAGACGUUCUGCAGAUUGCUGGGAUGAUAAAACAGGAGGGUAACCUGAUUUCGUCGGCCGAUAUCUUGAUUAAAUUGAAAGCAGAAGGGAAACGGAAGUUGGUCAAUUCGUCUGUAGAGCCGAGUAUCAGUGACUUCAGGAGCAGGAAUACUCCUGAGAUGUUGGAAAACAUAAACAGAAUGAAAGAACAGAACAACCAACUACGUCAGCAGACAGUGUGUAAGAUCUGUAUGGACAAGGAGGUGGCUGUCGUCUUUCUGCCCUGUGGUCAUCUGGUGUCCUGUGGGGACUGUGCUGUAGCCAUGAGGGAUUGUCCAAUCUGUCGGGUCAACGUCAAAGGAAUUGUCCGAGCAUUUAUGUCUUAGAUGUGUCAUUAUUAAACCUACAUGAAGUUUUGUAGAAAAUCUUGUCUUUGGCAGAAUUAUUCAGUAUUAUUUAUAAUCAAAUAAAUCAAAACAGUCAUGUAUAAAACUAAAUGCAUUUAAAAGAUCUUAUAAUACUUUGUAUAUUGUGUUUAUUAUAAUGUUUCUUGUUACAUUACUGAAGUCUUUCCAAUCCUGGGUUGUGCUUUU